ACCAGCUUCUAUAUCAUGUUGAAAAGUUACUUGUAAGUUUUUGUCUCAUUUUAAGUGUAACAAGACAUUUCCACUUUUGAAGAGUUUCAUUAAAAGCACAUUCAUGUCUUAGAAUGGCUUAGUCAAAGUCCAGAACCUGAGUGACUAGAAGAUGUACAUCAGCAUAUACUUUUUUCUCUUUUUAUUCACCAUUUUGUGUUGCUACAUAACAUGCAAACCCUUUAAAACACAUGCUGGGUAAAUUAUUUAAGAAGUGACAAAUUUGGAUAAAUUCUGCUGUAAGGAGACAAAACAAAGGGGCAAAAAAAGGCGAAACAGACGUUUUAUCAGUUUUAUGGAGUUUUCCUGGCCUUCAGUCCCUCUUCUCAUCGCUAACUGAGGAUGUCCUGUCAGCUAUCUGUGUGUGUGUGUGUGUGUGUGUGUGUGUGUGUGUGUGUGUGUGUGUUCAUGGGAAGUGGGAGGGCAGAGACUCCCGUCUGCUUGAUCCCUCAGAUUGUCCGAAGCAUCAGAGCUGGACGGCGUCGACUCCAGGCAGGGAGGAAAACCUGCAGCGUGUAAAUCCAGAAAAGCUGCUUCCACAGAAAGACCAUGACCUUCGACCACAACCACUCGCUGGACUUCCUGAACGGCACGCCGUGGUUCAUCUAUGAGUGCACCAUCGAGCUGGACGCCAACUACAGGCGCAUCGCCCUCUUCCUCAUCUACCUGUUCAUCUUCAUGGUGGGCCUGCUGGAGAACCUGCUGGUCGUCUGGGUCAACUGGCGGCGCCGCCACUCCGCCAGCGGCGUCGUCUUCUGCAUCAUCAACGUGAGCCUGUCGGACCUGAUGGUGAUCGUGAUCCAGCCGUUCUUCAUGAUGGAGGUGACCCUGGACAAGGUUUGGCUGUGGGGCAGCUUCCUCUGCAAGGUCACCAACCUCAUCUACGUGGUCAACUUCUACAGCAGCUCCUUCUUCCUGGCCUUGAUGACCUUGGAGCGCUACCUGGCGCUGACCAGGCCGUCGCUGCCCACCCUGCUCCCCGUCGUCGGCCGCCAGAGGUGGAUCAUCUGCGCGGGUCUGUGGCUGCUGUCGCUGUUUUUGGCCCUGUUGGAGAACGUCCAUGUGGAUAUCCUGGAGUGGGACGAACCGGGUUGCUACAUGCUGCCUGAACACAACUUCACCGAGUGGUUCGUCUCCGUCGCCUUCCUCUGUACGAUCUUCCAGUUCCUCGGCCCGGCGGCCAUCAUCAUCACAUGCAAUGUCUUGAUCGCCCGGGCGGUCAGGACCGCCCCGGACGUGGAGGGCCGGCGGGACGUCUGGUUGGUCCACGUGUAUUCGCUGGUGUUCGUCGCCUGCUGGUUGCCCUACCACCUGGUCAUGUUGCUGAUGAUUAUUGACGAUCUCGACCCCUUCAUGUUCAGCUGCAACGUGGUGGAGGUCCUCUACUUCUCCUUCAUUGUGGUGCAGGGCCUCUCGCUUUUCCACUGCGUCGCCAAUCCGUUCCUCUACAACUUCCUGAGCAAGAGCUUUCGCCGCAACCUGAUCAACACCGUCAUAAGCUACAUCCCCAAGGAGGAAAUGGCGGAGCAGGUGGAAGUGGGGCCAAAGCCCAACACUCCCAAUGGGGGCAAAGAAGACCCAGGGAGGCAGAGGAAGAUGAGCAACGCGAGCACCAGCCAGUCUGAUGUCGGAUCAUAAGGAAAAGAUCAUCAGCAAUCAGACAUUUUGAGUUAUUUCAGCAAAUUCUGGACUUUGGCGUAUAGCAGAGGCAACUAAUGGACACAACUUCCUCUCAUAUCCCACUUCCUGCUUAUUAUCCGUGCAUGAAUGUCAUCAGUUUAAGUAGAGCAGGGCAGGAAAUAUUUGUUUUUCCUGCAAAGCUGCUCAACUCCCACAGGACCUUGAGCCAAUGUCUGUAAUCUUCCAACACAAGAGGAAGAAUAGUGCCACACCAGGAAUGUGUGUAAACAAAUCAUAUGCAGUCAGACACUUGCAGGCCAUUAUGAGAUUCUAAACUUAAAAAAAAAUAAAAUACAGCUGUUUAUUUGCAGAUAAAAUCAUGGCAAACAUCACUAUAUGCUUAUUUAACAUUUCUGAUGUGGUAAUGAUCUGUGUAUAUGGAAUAAAAAACACUUUAAACAUC